CCCUUUCUCCUCGGUAAUUCUCUCUAGAAUAUUAGUGUUGUUGAUGUUGUUGGACUUUGGGUUUCACGAUCAGGGUUCCUGAAAAAGGGCACUUUUCUCUUUCUCUCUCUCUCUCACACACACACAUACACACACACACCUUCCUUUCAUUUUUCAUUUUUUCUCUCUUUUCCAUCUUUAAGUCUUAUGUAUUGUCCCUCCCCACUCUCCUCCCCCCUCCCCCAUUUACCAAUCUACUGCUUCAAGCCAAUGAUCAAAAGGCUUGUUCUAGCCAUAUUCGUCUUCAUUUCCCUACGUUUUCACUUGUUACCGUGGUAUUUCCAAGUCUAGCCUUCAUCCUUAACCACUUAAAAAAAAAUCUAUCCUGAUAUACUACCGGCCAUCAGAAUACUUUGCUCCUGUGUUUCCAAGCACCUGAACUUCAUAGGAUACUGAAUUCCAUAGAAUCAACUAUGUACUGCUAUUUUGAAAGAUACUCAAUUUCAAUGGACCGUCACGAUGGCACCAGCAAUGGGACUGCCCGGUUACCCCAGUUGGGAACUGUUGGUCAGUCACCUUAUACGAGUGCUCCUCCGCUCUCUCACACGCCCAACGCAGACUUCCAGCCUCCUUACUUUCCCCCUCCCUACCAGCCCAUCUACCCCCAGUCGCAAGAUCCUUAUUCCCACGUUAAUGAUCCUUAUAGCCUGAACCCUCUUCACGCCCAACCUCAGCCACAGCACCCAGGCUGGCCGGGACAGAGACAAAGCCAGGAAGCUGGGCUGUUACACACACAUCGGGGGUUACCCCAUCAGUUAUCGGGCUUGGAUCCUCGAAGGGAUUAUCGGCGACAUGAGGAUCUACUGCACGGACCCCAUGGGCUGAGCUCAGGACUAGGAGACAUUCCGAUCCAUUCAAUACCUCAUGCAAUAGAAGAUGUACCGCAUGUAGAAGACCCCGGUAUUAACAUCCCAGAUCAAACUGUAAUUAAGAAAGGCCCCGUGUCCUUGUCCAAGUCCAACAGCAACGCCGUCUCUGCCAUCCCCAUUAACAAGGACAACCUCUUCGGUGGCGUCGUGAACCCCAAUGAGGUCUUCUGUUCAGUUCCGGGUCGCCUCUCGCUCCUCAGCUCCACUUCGAAGUACAAGGUCACGGUAGCGGAAGUGCAACGGCGCCUCUCUCCUCCCGAGUGUCUCAACGCAUCGUUAUUGGGUGGAGUGCUCCGGAGGGCAAAAUCUAAAAAUGGGGGAAGAUCUUUAAGAGAAAAAUUGGACAAAAUAGGAUUAAACCUUCCUGCAGGAAGACGUAAGGCAGCCAAUGUCACCUUGCUCACAUCACUAGUAGAGGGAGAAGCAGUACACCUAGCCAGGGAUUUUGGGUACGUGUGUGAAACUGAAUUCCCUGCCAAAGCAGUAGCUGAAUUUCUCAACCGACAACAUUCCGAUCCCAAUGAGCAAGUGACAAGAAAAAACAUGCUUCUAGCUACAAAACAGAUCUGUAAAGAGUUCACCGACCUGCUGGCUCAGGACCGAUCUCCCCUGGGGAACUCAAGGCCCAAUCCUAUCUUAGAGCCAGGCAUUCAGAGCUGCCUGACCCACUUCAACCUCAUCUCUCAUGGCUUCGGCAGCCCGGCAGUGUGCGCAGCAGUCACUGCCCUGCAGAACUAUCUCACCGAGGCACUCAAGGCCAUGGACAAAAUGUACCUCAGCAACAAUCCCAACAGCCACACAGACAACAGCGCCAAAAGUGGUGACAAAGAGGAGAAACACCGAAAGUGAGGAUUUCCUUCUUUCCUUCUCCUCAGCUCCACCCUGCUUCAUCUUUUCACCUCUUCCCAUCUCCUUUCUCUUCUGCACCCAUCUUCUCCUUCAUCACCUACCAUCACCACCACCUGGCAGGCUACAGCUCUGGAAUCAGCGAUCGACUGCUGCCCAUUCUGUUCUCUGAGUCUGCAAGAAUGCUUUCUUCUGUCUACAACCCUGAUCCAUAGUCCCUCUCUGCCUCCUCCCCCUUCAUCAUCAACACUCCCUCGCCCCCGUUUGGAGCCUAAGAGAACAGAACAGGCGGUGGAGCCAGCAAAGAAAAGUUCUGUCUGAGUUUGUGAACUUUUUUUUUAAGUAAACCAACAGAAAAAUAAAUAAAAAGAAAGAACUUUUUUUUUCUAAAAAAAAAAAAAAAACAGUUAAAAAAAUUUAAAAAAAUUCUAUGAGCUUCAUGGGACUGAAUCACCACCUCCCCUUACAUUACUUCAGUUAAGAUUGUAGCCAUAUUAAAAAAAAAAAGGCAAAAAGGAUAAUGACAUUUUUAUCAGUAUUGUGAAUAAACUUGAACACAAAAUCCAUGCAGUUCCAUGUCAUGUCUUCAGUUAUAGAACUUCUUCCUCUCCAAGGUAAAGCGACCAACUUGAACGUUUUAUGACAACACAAUUUGCAGUUACUCUAUAAGGGAAUCAGUGUUCAUGUCUGUAUAUAUUUAUUUAUGUGUAAUUUAAUGGGAAUUGUAAAUAUGGUGAGUCUGUUUUAAACUUUUUUUUUUAUUUAUCUGGUGAUUUCGUUUACCUCUUGUUUAAUGGGGUUUAAACCUUCCCUCUUAGUUCUUCAUGUGGCUCAUGGUACUUAUUUAGAAAUCCAAGGUUUGGGGGAUUAUUUUUUUUUCCUCUGGGAUUCAUGAUUUUUGAUCUGUUGUAGCAUGUUAAGGUGACAAUGAAGCAGCUGAACAAAUUAAAAAACAGAGAGAAAUAAAAUGAAUUUAAAAUAUAAUUAGUAUUACAUUUACAUUCAUUGAACUCUAAAAGUGAUAUUGGAUCCUAGAAUGAUUUUUAAACAUGAGCAGUUUUACAAACCUUAUGUCAUGAAGAUGGGGUUGGGAAUGGGAUUUAGGAAAAAAGUUUUAUUUUUCUCCACUGUCUUCCCUUAAAAGCAUCAUCAGAGCAAUAAAUGAAAAUUGUCUUUAGUCCAAGGUUAGGGAUUCCCUCCCCACCCCUUUUUUUGUUCAAAGAACUUCAAACAUUUGGGACCACCUGGUAUCCUGUAUUUCCACUGGCCAUAUUGGAAGCAGUUCUAGUUGUAUUGUAUUGAGUUGUGCUGGCAGUAGUUUCCAUGCCUGUCAAUGUAUCAUAGUCCUUUGUUGCCCAGAUAAAUAAAUAUUUGAUACGCUUUAUGUCGAUUUUUUUUAUUCAGUGGCUGUCUUUACCCAGGCGUAUUUUUGUUCUUGGCAGUAUUUUUUAUUCAGUAUGGUUACAGUAAUUGAGUUUAACUCUCCCUUGACAAUUGCUCCUUGCAAUAAGCAGCUGAACCCAUUGUUUCCCUCAAGUAUAAUAAAAACUUACUUUCAACUUGGA